AUGCAUCUCAGACCCGUGAUCAGAGACGACCUGCCCUGUAUCGCAGACAUCGGAACUGAAGCAUUUCGUGACGAUAAUUUACAAACGAUAUUUUUUCCUCCCAAGGCCGUUGAAAAUGGCUCACUUCGUCGGAAUAUCAUGCUGCGUAUACGAAGACGCCUCGUUGAAACCGGCACCCAUUGUUUUGUCUCGGUGAGCGAUGAGAAGGAUGAGUUUUGGUCUGGUAAACCUGAAUUAUUGGGGUAUGCAUUUUGGGUGCGGGUGGGUAAGAGCGAAGCAGCUAUGAAGUGGCAAACCGAUACUCUAUCCUCAAAAUUGGAAAGAACAUUAAUAGGAGCCGAGAUGUGGUAUUCCGAAGCUUUCAUUGACCGCGACCGACCAUGGGAUAAGAUCCAUCAUGUGAGAAACCUGACGAUCGAUAAUUUUGGAUCAAUUCCAGAGUAUCUGGAAUUGGCUGCAUUAGCAGUGAAUCCAACAUUUCAUCGUCGUGGUGUUGGUGGAAUGAUGUUGAAAUAUGGAAUUGAUCUAGCUCAGAUGGAGCAAGUCCCCAUUGUUCUUGAGGCUUCUCCUGCAGGAACUCAAUUGUAUACGAAGUUUGGCUUCAGAGAAACAGGAAGGACUGAAAUUUUCCCGGAAGUAAUAGUAGUGGCUAUGCAGUUGAAUACAAAAGUUUGA